AUGACGUCUUCAGUUGCUACUAACCUGAGAGAUCUACUCGAGCAGGAGAAGUCUUCUCCAAAGAAGGAACACAAGCAAAGUUGCAUGCUUGUUGGAAAUGGUUCACCGACCUCCGUAACCGCGAGACUCUAUUCGGCACAGAAAGACUUUUCGCUCAAUCAAGUAAUUGUUAGACGAAAGACAAUUGAUGCGUCGAUGCAUGGAGCAAUUCAAGAUUUUCUAGCAUCGAGAGACUCGUGGAAAUCGAUUGAGCUCACCACUGCUUCAAGAGCAACUCAGCGCCUAUUGCAUGGAUUCCUGUACGUGCGACAUGUUGAGCGCCUCAUUAUUGUUCAACCGAGUGAUGCAGUAAUUUCAAUGUUGGGAACAUCACUACUUAACAACACUGAUGGCUACGCAACAGUAGAUUCUCUUACAGUGAUAAGUGGAACAAUUGCAUCAGCGCAAGCUUACGGUAUGAAAGAAGGGCUGAGUAGCCCGCUGUGCCCACUUCAGUAUAUUCGCUUGACGAAAUGUUCGUUUGAAAACAUUGAAGCGGUCCGCAAUGUAGCUAUUGGCCUGAAGAAUUGCAAGGCAUUGAAGGAAGUAUCGUUGUGUCAAUGCCACUUGGAAGACACUGAAAUAGCUACAAUUGUGACCGAACUAAAGGACCACCCAUCCCUUCAGCACCUGGAUCUUAGUGUGAACUACUGCCUAUCCGAGGGCAUGAAAGCUGUGGGAGCCCUGUUGGCCUCUUCGACACAUUUAAAGUAUCUCGACAUAUCAUGUCAAGAUGUGUGGGACGAUCGGGAUUAUUUCAUUCAUCUUUGCGAUGGCCUUGAACAUGAGGAUUGCAUGUUGGAAGUACUCGACACCCAUUCUAACUUUCUUGCUGACGACCAAAUGAAAUGGCUAGUGAAAGCUCUUGAGAAGAACACAACUCUGCAGCGUUUACUACUAUUCGAUAACUCAAUCUCUGAUCAAGGAAUGAUGUGCCUGUCAGACUCUCUUCCAGUUCUUCCUCGAUCCUUGCGCAUACUGGAUAUAUCUAACAAUUCCUACUCGAUGCAAGGAGUAAAGAGCCUUGAAAAAGGUAUGGCACGCAACACAUCAAUAUGGAAGCUGAAGUUGAAUGAUUCUACCAUGUUGUUAGAAUAUUAUCUUGCAUUGAACAGUGGAGGUAGAUGCUUGAAACUUACGAAUACGGUUGGCUUGUCGCUAUGGCCGCAUAUUUUGGAAAGGACCAACCGAUGCUUGAGUUAUGAACAACUGUGUUCGAGAAUUGGGCCGCAAGAUGUGAUCUUUGAUCUAUUGCAUGGACCUGCACUGCUUGAUGGAUGA